AGAAGUUUGUGUCUGAGCUGUCAUAGAGCACAUCUCUGACUUAUCUCUAGAUCUUGUGUCUGCUGAGUGUUUAAGAUGACUGGGAUCAGGUACCUUGCCUCUCUGUGGACUCUGUUCUUCAUGCAGACUGGAUGGGUCGGCUGUGAAAUUCAGUUCUUGGAGAGGAAUGAGGGGGGGUCAGUGGUUCUCCCCUGUGUGUUGAAUCAAAGAGACCCCCCACCCUACGGUGUCUACUUGAUGCGCAAGUGGCUGCAUCCUGGGGAGAUGCUAUUUAUGUACACCAAGACUAUGCCCACCGUGGGCGACGAUGAUAAGAACCGCACCAGUGUCAGUGGAGACCCGAGCAGCCACUCUCUGAAUGUGACCAUCUCUCAGCUGAGAGCCAGUGACACGGAUCGUUAUUUCUGUGAGUUUGUUGUGGAUAAUCCUGUCUCUGAAGACCUGAGACUGCAGGGAAACACUGAGUUCUUCCUCCUGGUUACUUCUGACGCCCCUGGGUCCAUGGACAUAGGUUCAGUAGAAACCUGUGCAGGGGGCUCUGCUGUACUCCCCUGUCUCCCCCCUCAAGGGGAGGCCCUGGCCGUGGAGGGAGUGUGUCUGAAGCGACAGAGGAAUCGCUGGGCACCAGUGGAGCUAUUGUAUCACUCAAAGCGUCACAGCAGCAACAUGCCUUCAUCCUCUUCCUCCCGGUUCCCUGAUGAGAGGUUCCAGUUGUCAUUGGCCCCCAGCCCCGGAGGCAUCACCUACAAUCUGACCCUGCUGCAGCUGCAGCCAGAGGACAGCGGCCUAUACAGCUGCACACUGCUCCUGCGUGGCUCGCCUGACAGAAGCACCGACCUAGGCAGAAACGUGUUCUUUGUGUCUGUGCAAGGUCAGUGCGGCUGCUCUGGCUACUCCUCUCUACUUUACACGCUGUCUGCAGCUGUGACCAUCCUCGUCCUCUUCCUCUUCAUCGGAUGUUUGCUGUUUCAUAAAGGUAAAGCACGCCGCAAUGUCAAGGCACGCCCUCAUGCCCCCAUCUACGAGGAGAUGUCCGGAGUGAAGACUGAAAGCCGAAAGCUGGCCCCUUGUCAUCUGGAGGAAAUGGAUUCUUCUGAGUACAAAAACUGUCACGUGAAGAAAUCCUGCCCUGAAAACCACUAUGAACGCCCCAGUGGAAGCCUCUACCCCAGGAGUGGGUCACCAUAAUGAAAUAUUAGACCUCCUCACCAACACAAAAGAAAGAUCAACUAAGCUGUCAAAAAUUGACUGGACUUCUGGCCGAGCUGUAGUGCAUCUUCAAAUGUGUCUUUGAAGCUCUCAUUAAUGGAUAGCAGAUAUUUAGAAAGAUAGUUUACAUUUAAGCAACUCCUUUGAAACCUUAAACAAAUGUGAGCAAGUGAAUUGGGUGAAAAAAAACAUUCAUUCAUGGUAUUUAGAAUGUUUAUCACAGUGCUGUAUAUAAAGGUGUUAUGUAUAUUUUUAAGGUUAUUUGUGAAACAGUUAAAGUUGAUUAGAAAGAAAGGUUGCUUCUUUAGAAAGUUUAGGUUGGUACAUAAUUUCUCAUCACUUGAAGUCUUAGCUUUACUUACUCUGAACUAUUUUUGAAAAUAUUAUUUUCUUAUAAAACGUCUCCAAUGCACAUUUUUGUAGAGUUAAAAUCAACAUUGUUAAUGAUUAUGUAACUAUUGCAGAUUACUUGACUGUCACUUAUUGAUGUGAUUCAGUAAAAGAUAAAACUCCUGUCAAAAGCAUAUUUGGUCACAAAAUUCUACUAAAACAGGAACCCACUCUUAAAGGUGUUGCAGCGUGCUAAUGGUGCGUAAAUGCUCUAUACUGUCUCUUCAAAAUCUGAUAAAUCUUGCAUCCCACUGAA